UGGCCAUGUAUUGCAAUUCCCGAUUAUGUACGGCCGUCGAUACCGGUUGUCCUCCCAGUCGCACACUUCAGUCCGUCUCGCCCACUGCUAUUUAGGAUAUCACAGGGCGUUGCAUCCCUGCCGUCACUUCGGAUAUCAUCCGAUAAAUUUUCAAUCUAGAUAAACCUCCCAGAAGGCUACUUCGCCCACUUUCCUUUUCCUAUUCACGCGUCCAACGAGAUGACUCUCAACCACCUAGUUCCACGUCUUGCUGUGGCGGCCCGCAAACAGGACGAUAGAGAAACGAAAUUAAAACAUUUUCGGAAUUGGCGCGUCCACGUAGAUCAUGGUGUCUUGAAUGUUAUACCGUUCCUCGCCAAGGGAUUUUCCGACAGGGACAGGGCCAUUCUCCGUUGCGACGCCACAGCACUUGCAGAGGUCGUCCGGAAAGGAGUAUACACGGCAGUAGAUGUUCUAACAGCAUUCAUCAAGGCUGCAGUAGCCGCACAAGAUACAACGAAUUGUCUUACGGAAAUAUGUUUUGAAGAUGCCCUCGAAAGAGCUAGGGAACUCGACGAGCAUAUGGAGAAGACAGGAAAUGUAGUAGGACCUUUGCAUGGCGUGCCCGUUUCAAUUAAAGAUCAUAUAAAAGUCAAGGGCCUCGAUACGUCGACCGGGUAUACUGCAUGGGCUUAUAACACGGUUGCCGAAGAGGACGCCCUGGUGGUUAAAAUAUUACGCGAUGCUGGCGCCAUCAUCUAUGUUAAAACCCAAAACCCCCAAACCCUCUUAUCUUUGGAGACAAAUAACAACGUGUUUGGUCGCACAUGCAAUCCAUUCAACAGGAGUUUAACUGCAGGGGGCAGCAGCGGAGGUGAGGGUGCGUUGAUUGCUUGCGGCGGGAGUCCUUUGGGCGUUGGGACAGAUAUAGGUGGGAGUGUCAGAGUCCCAGCAGCGCAUUGCGGCUUGUAUGGUUUGAAAGGUUCUGUGGCUCGUCUACCUCACUCGGGUCUGCUUGGAUCAUAUGACGGAUUGGAUGCCAUCAUUGGUUGCGUUGGGCCUAUGGCCACUUCGGCUAGGGAUCUUGCAUUAUUUUGCUCGGUUAUGUUGGAGGCCGAACCAUGGCUUAGGGAACCUCCCCUCCUUGAGAUGCCGUGGAAAGAGAACGUUGCACGGGGCCACGGAUUACCGGAAAGGCUGUCCAUAGCCAUCCUGUAUGACGAUGGCGUCGUCAGGCCGCAUCCACCGAUCUUGCAAGCACUAGACAUGUACAAGCAGGCUCUUGAAAACGCGGGUCACGAAGUCAUCAAAUGGGAUCCGUUGGACCAUCAGAAAGGUUGGGAUUUAAUUGUCAAGCUCUACUUGUUGGAUGGUGGUGCGGAGUAUCAUGAAACCAUCCAAGCUGGAGGAGAAUGGGAAGUGCCUCAGUCGAAGUGGAUCCUCGACCAUGCACGUGGCAGGCGGCCGUAUACGCCACAUGAGAUCCUGCGCUUGAACGUGGAACGUGAGGCGUUUCGGGCCAACGCACUUGCGCACUGGAACGCUACCAAACAUCGCACGGCAACGGGUCGUCCUGUAGAUGCCAUCCUUUGUCCUGUCGCUCCGACGUUAGCACCUCCCCACGACUCCACGUCUUGGUGGGGUUACACAUCCCACUGGAACUUAUUGGAUCUCCCUGCUGUAGUAUUUCCUGUUGGACAAUACUCGGCUCCGAUGUGGGUGCCAGCUGAUCUCUCACCGCCCCGCAACGCAAUGGAAGAUUUCAUCACAAGACAAUGGAGCCCUGACACCUAUGACCAUGCACCGAUCAGUCUUCAGUUAGUUGGCCGCAGGCUUAACGAGGAGCGUUUGUUGGCAAUUUUGGGGGUCAUCGAGAACGUGAUGCCCCCGGCGGACUCCGUUCCUUUCUCGAGGCGUUUUAGUCACGGUACCAAUGGCCACUACAAGGCCACGGAUGGCUAACACUAUUCGUUAGACUGAUGUCGUUUCUUAGAAUUUAUUGCCUUCUCAU